AUGGAGCAUCUGGAGGGGGCUACUGGAGCCCCAGCGGGGACUGUGGUGUCCCAGGAGCUGCUGGAAGAGAUGCUUUGGUUUUAUCGUGUAGAAGAUGCAUCUCCUUGGAAUUAUUCCAUGCUUGCCCUGGCAGCUGUGGUAUUUGUGAUAAGCAUUGCCCUCUUGAGAAGGAGCAUCCAAGCAAACAGAAAGCAAAAGAUGCAGCCACCAGAAAAAGAAACUCCAGAAGUCCUAUAUUUGGGUGAAGCCAGAAUCAAGGAUCACAACAAACUAACCAACCCAAGUGAGACUUUGCUUUCAGAAAAACUAGACUGGGCUAAGGUGGAAAAUGAGUUAAAAGAGAGAGAUGUCUCAUUGGUUCUCCUUCCACAUGCGUCAGAGUCUGAGAUCUAUUGA